UCUCUUUCUCACUGACUGAUCAAAUUGUUGGCUAGCUCACAUAUAUACUUUUGUCAUAACUUGAGUUUUCUUGUUGAUGUUUGCGUAUUUAUCUCAAUUUUUUAGAUAUUGUGGAAGCUCCAGUAGUUUUGCUGCGGGUCAUACUGCUGUCACUAAGUUUGAGUUUCAGGAACUUGCUGUCGCCACAAAGAAUUUUGCACCAGAAUCCCUUUUGGGUGAGGGAGAAUACGGGAGUACAUUCGAAGGUUGCUUAAAGAGCAGUGAACAGGUAGUUGCAGUUAAACAAGUUAACAAGGAAAUGAUAAUUGGCGUCUACCGGUCAACGUUUUUGAAAAUUCAUAUACGUAGCCUCUUACACCAUCCUAACAUAGUGGAUAUGACCGGUUACUGCAUUGACGGAAACCAGAUGUAUUUUGUUCACGACUUCAUGCCAUUGGGAUCCUUAACGGGCUAUUUGCAUGAUAAGAAGCCUCUGGACUGGAAUACGAGGAUGAAAAUUGCAGCUGGUGCAGCUAAAGGAAUAAAAUACUUGCAUGAUGAAUCAGUAAUUCAUGGAAAUAUCAAACCCUCCAACAUUCUCCUAUGCGAAGGAUAUCACCCUAAACUGUCAGAUAUCCUCGGGUUCAAGGAACGGAUACCAGAACCUGACGAGUGUAACCAAGCAAGGUGGCAACUCAUGAUCAUCCGUCAGUCUUAUCGCCAUGCACCAGAAUUUUAUUUCAAUUUGAAACUCACCCAAUCAUUCGACAUCUACAGUUUUGGCUUAGUCUUGCUAGAACUGAUUUCAGGGUGCAUGGCAGAUAUUAAGCCUAGUCUCAUCGAAUGGGUAAAAUGUAAACUGGUGGGCGGUGAGGAAUUCACUGCGGUGGCUGAUCCACUACUAAAAGGCCAUUAUCCAGAGCAAGGCCUGUACCAAACUCUUUCUCUUGCAGCCGAGUGUUUACAAAUCAAAGAUGUCACUCGGCCUCGUAUAGGAUCUGUUGUGAAUGUUCUAUCAAAUUUAGCUUCUGAAAUUUAUGACCCAAAUGCUAUCCAAAUUGAUCGAGCAGGCACGUUAACAAUCGGCAAGAUUGAGAAAGAAAGACUAACUGAGCAGUGGCAGCAUAUCCGGUGUUUUAGUCAUUAACUAUUGCCAUGACUUAAAGAAUGAAAGCUCUAUGUUCCUGUUAAACUGGAAGCUCAUUUUACUGAACUCUAGAAAUGUUUUACGGUAUAGCAAGCUGUAUUUUCUUUUUUACAUCUAGCUUUCAUAAUCUCCCAAGUAAAUUCCGUACUUUAAAAUCCUAUACACCCUAUUU